AUGGGUCCCAAAAUCGGGCAGGGCAGAAGAGGCCAGGCCAGCAAACUUGAUUUCGCCAGCACUUUUUUGGGUGCCAGGGUAUGGCUGUGGGAGCAGGACCAGCUGCAGCCAUGCACUGUUGGCUUAUCUGCCGAUGGAAACGUGCUCUUCACCUCAGAUUACGGCACGGUAUUCCAGUACCCCAAGACCUCCCUUUCCAGAGAAAAGGUCUUGCCAAUGCACCAGACCAGCGUUGAUGGGGUAGAAGACAUGUCCAUGCUGGGAGAUCUGCAUGAAGCUGCCAUCCUGCUCAACUUGCACCAGCGCUACCAACAGGGUAACAUCUAUACAAACAUUGGUUCCAUCUUGGCAUCAGUAAAUCCCUACAAACCCAUCCCUGGUCUGUACAGUGUGGAUGCCAUAGACCUGUACAGACAGCACCGCCUGGGUGAGCUGCCUCCCCAUAUCUUCGCCACCGCUAACGAGUGCUACUGCUGCUUGUGGAAGCGUCAUGACAGCCAGUGUGUUCUGAUAAGUGGAGAAAGCGGAGCUGGAAAGACUGAGAGUACCAAGUUGCUGCUGAAAUUUCUGUCAGCCAUGAGCCAGACCUCCCUGGGGGCCCCUGCAUUGGAGAAGAGCACUCGUGUGGAAGAAGCCAUCCUGGAAAGCAGCCCUAUUCUGGAGGCCUUUGGAAAUGCCAAGACAGUUUAUAACAACAACUCCAGCCGCUUUGGCAAGUUCAUCCAGCUGCACUUCUCUCAACAUGGACACAUCCAGGGAGGACGAGUAACUGAUUAUUUACUGGAAAAGAACAGAGUGGUACACCAGAACCCCGGAGAGAGGAAUUAUCACAUCUUUUAUGCUCUGCUAGCUGGUGUGAGUGGGGAGCAGAAAGAGAGCCUCUCCCUCUCUGAGCCAGAGACUUAUCGCUACUUGAACCAGUCUGGUUGUGUGACUGAUGAGAACCUGAAUGAUGUUGAGAUGUUCAGUAAGGUCAUGACUGCCAUGAAGGUGGUGGACUUCAGCACUGAAGAAAUCAGAGACAUCUUCAAACUUCUUUCCGGCACGCUUCAUCUGGGAAACGUUGAAUUCAUGACAGCUGGUGGGGCCCAGGUUACAACGAAAGCGGUGCUGAACAUUGCCAGUGACCUCCUGGGCUUAGAUGCCUUCCAGCUUUCUGAAGUAUUGACGCAGAGGUCCAUGAUUCUGCGUGGAGAAGAGAUCAGCUCCCCUCUCACUGUGGAACAGGCAGCUGACUCCAGGGACUCCCUCUCUAUGGCGCUGUAUUCGCAGUGUUUUUCAUGGCUCAUUAGCAAGAUUAAUAUGAAGAUCAAAGGCAAGGAAAACUUCAAGUCUGUGGGCAUCCUGGAUAUCUUUGGCUUCGAGAACUUUCAGGUGAAUCGUUUUGAGCAGUUUAACAUUAACUAUGCAAAUGAGAAGCUCCAGGAAUAUUUCAACAAACACAUCUUCUCUUUGGAGCAGCUGGAGUACAACAGGGAAGGGAUAAACUGGGAAGCCAUUGACUGGAUGGAUAAUGCAGAGUGCCUGGACCUUAUUGAGAAGAAACUGGGUCUACUGGCUUUGGUGAAUGAAGAGAGUCGAUUCCCCAAAGGCACAGACAACACCCUUCUGGAAAAACUUCACAGCCAGCAUAUGAGCAACCAGUACUAUGUGAAGCCUCGGGUAACAGACCAUCAGUUUGGCAUAAGACAUUAUGCUGGAGAGGUACUAUACGAUGUGAGAGGCUUUCUGGAGAAGAACAGAGACACCUUUCGAGAUGACAUUUUAAACAUGCUGAAAGACAGCAGACUGGACUUCAUCUAUGACCUUUUUGAAAGAGUCUGCAGUCGUAGCAGUGAAGAGACACUGAAGAUGGGCACCCAGAGGCGCAGACCGACUGUCAGUUCCCAGUUCAGGGAUUCUCUCCAUUCCCUGAUGGCCACGCUUAGUACUUCCAACCCAUUCUUCAUCCGCUGCAUCAAGCCAAAUACAGAAAAGGCGCCGAACCUCUUCAAUCCAGAUGUGGUGCUAAAUCAGCUCCGUUAUUCAGGGAUGCUGGAGACAGUGAAAGUUCGGAGAGCAGGUUUCCCUAUACGACGCCUUUACCAGGACUUUCUCAGCAGGUACAAGAUGCUUGUGAAGGGGCCAAGUUUCUCAGAUAACAGCAAGGCUGUAUGUGCAGGCUUUCUUCAGACCUAUGACAGCAGCAAGAAAGAAUGGCAGUUGGGUAAAACCAAGGUUUUCCUGAAGGAAGCUCUUGAGCAGAAGCUGGAGAAGGAUCGGGAAGAGGAGUUGAGGAAAGCAGCUAUAGUCAUCCGAGCCCACGUCUUGGGCUACAUGGCAAGGAAGAAGUACCAAAAGGUGCUAGCCAGUGUUGUUAUAAUCCAAAAGAACUACCGGGCAUACUUCUGGAAGAAGAGUCUGCUGCAACUGAAGGCCUCUGCAGUCACCCUGCAGAAGCACUGGCGUGGCCGCCUGGCUCGCAGCCUCUACCAGCACCUGCUGCAGCAGGAACUCAGGCGGAAGCAGGAGGUGGAGGAGAGGAGGAGGCGAGAAGAGGAAGAACAGAUCAGAAGAGAGGAAGAGGAAAGACAAUGGCAAGAAGAGGAGGAGCGUAGGAGGAAACGGGAAGAGGAAGAGGUGAAGGAAAGAGAAAAGGAACAACUGAAUGUGCUGCUCCAGGUGGCUCAGGUGGAAGCAGUAAAGACUGAGGAGGUAGAUAUUCCCUUGCAAGAAGAAGAGAGACGUCAGAUGGAGGAGAUCUUAAGACUGGAGAAGGAGAUUGAGAAGUUGCAGCAGCAGAAAGAGGAUCACAUGUCUAUCAUCUGUGAAAACACCAGGAAUGAAAUCAAUCGGCAGCGAGAAGAAGAGAUCCAGAGGUUGGAAAAGGAGGCAUCUAGGGUUGCCCAGGAGUUCUUGGAGCUGCUGGAUUUUGGCAGUCUGGAUGAAAGUGUGCAGAACUUAGAGCAUUCGCUUUCUAGUGAGGGGACACUCAACAUUGACUGCAGCCUGGUGGCACCACUGGCUGAAGAAGAAGUAGAUGAGGGUUUUCAUGCCGAUGACGAAGGACGGCCAACUUCCAGUUUGGUGGUCUUGAAUCAGCAUGGCACAAGAAACAGUGAUAACUACUCAGAGAAAGAUGUGGAGUCUGACUACGACCAUGAGGAGUUUGAUGGCUGUGGAGAUGCAGGUAGCGCCUCAGCUGAGCCCCUGAAUGGUGAGGAAGGUUUGAGACACUCCCACGGUACCAGCCUGGACUCCAACCGUGGCAGCCUGGACUCGUUUCUGGACAGUGAAGAAGAAGUGGAUGUUUACAUUGACACAGAUGAAGAGUUUUGUAAUGGACGAGUCACUAUUUUCAAUGGCUCAGGACCACCCUAUUUUCACAGCUAUCUCUACAUGAAGGGAGGUCUCAUGAACCCGUGGAGGCGGCGCUGGUGUGUUUUGAAGAACGAGGCCUUCAUGUGGUUCCGCACCAAGCAAGAGGCACUGAAGUCUGGCUGGCUCUAUAAAAAAGGUGGAGGCAUGUCAACGCUUUCACGCCGCAACUGGAAACGCCGUUGGUUUGUGCUUAGAGAAUCCAAGCUGAUGUACUUUGAGAAUGAUAGUGAGGAAAAGCUGAAGGGGACAAUUGAUAUCAGAAGGGCAAAGGAGAUUGUGGACAUUCAUGAAAAGGAGAAUGCCUUGGACAUUGUGACAGAAGACAGAGUUUAUCACAUUGUCGCAGAGUCACCCGAAGAUGCCAGUGGUUGGUUUAAUGUCCUGAGCCGAGUACACAGCGCUACAGCACAGCAGCUGAGGGAAAUGCAAGAUGAACAGGCCAAUCCAAAGAAUGCUGUGGGGACCCUGGAUGUUGGGCUUAUUGACUCUGUCUGUGCCUCAGACAAUCCAGAUAGACCAAAUUCUUUUGUGAUCAUCACAGCAAAUCGAGUGAUUCACUGCAACAGCGACACCCCUGAGGAGAUGCAUCACUGGAUCUCCCUGCUGCAGAAACCAAAAGGCGAAUCUAAGGUUGAUGGCCAGGAAUUCCUUGUGAGAGGCUGGCUUCAUAAAGAGGUUCAGAGCAGCAACAAGAUGUCCUCUCUGAAGAUGAAGAAACGCUGGUUUGUUCUGACAAACACUGCCCUCGAUUACUACAAGUCAUCUGAGCGCACAGCUGCCAAGCUUGGCACGCUUGUGCUCAAUAGCCUCUGCUCUGUAGUGCAGCCCGAUGAGAGGGUCUUUAAAGACACAGGCUAUUGGAACAUCAUUGUCCAUGGGCGAAAGCACUCCUACAGACUGUACACGAAGCUGCUGAAUGAAGCUAUGCGCUGGGCCUCUGCCAUUCAAGGUGUCAUUGACAGCAAAGUUCCCAUAGAAACACCUACACAGCAACUCAUUCGUGACAUCAGGGAAAACAGCACAAAUUUUGAAGUAGUGGAACAGACAUAUAGGAGGAACCCAAUCUUGCGAUAUACCCAGCACCCUUUGCAUUCCCCAUUGCUCCCACUGCCAUAUGGAGAUGUUAGUGUCAGCUUGCAACAAGAGAAGGGUUACAGCAGCUUACAGGAUGAAGCAGUGAAGAUCUUUAACUCCCUUCAGGAAAUCGAGACAGUGUCUGACCCCAUACCCAUUAUCCAAGGCAUCCUGCAGACCUGCCAUGAUUUAAAGCCCCUUCGUGAUGAAGUGUACUGUCAGCUAAUCAAACAAACUAAUCACAUGCCGCAUCCCAACAGUACUGGGAACCUGCACCACUGGCAGCUGAUGUCAUGUAUGAGCUGCACUUUUCUGCCCAGUAGAGGGAUCCUGCGCUACCUCAAGUUCCACCUUAGAAGGGUAAAAGACCUCUUUCCAGGCUCAGAAAUAGACAGGUAUGCGCAAUUCAUAAGUGAUUCCCUGAAGAGAACAAAGACGAGGGAGUUUGUGCCUUCCCAGGAGGAAAUACAGGCUCUUCUCACCCGUGAAGAAAUGACCACAACAGUGUACUGCCAUGGCGGUGGCUCCUGUAAAAUUACCAUCAAUUCCCACACAAGCGCUGGGGAGGUGGUUGAAAAGCUGAUCCGAGGUUUAGCAAUGGAAGACAGCCGUAAUAUGUUUGCACUCUUUGAACAUAAUCAGCAAGUGGAUCGUGCUGUUGAGAGUCGGGUGAUUGUGGCUGAUAUCUUGGCCAAGUUUGAGAGACUGGCUGGCUCUGCAGAAGAAGAGGAGGAAGGACAGUGGCAGCUGUAUUUUAAGCUUUAUUGCUUCUUGGAUAUUGAGAAUGUUCCCAAAGAUGGUGUGGAGUUUGCCUUCAUGUUUGAACAGGCUCAUGAAAGCCUCAUAGAUGGUCAUUUUCCUGCACCAGAAGACACUCUGCAGCGCCUGGCAGCUCUACGGUUGCAGUAUCUUCAUGGAGAUUAUUCUAAAAUAAGUUGGACCCUUGAUGGAAUCUACCCAGUUAACAGACUAAAAUCCAAAAUACUGCAGUCAACAAAGAGCAGCGGCACUACCAGUCACACUCUGGAGAGGAGACGGACCAGCUUCCUUGAAGGGACAUUGAAACGUAGCUUCAAGACAGGCUCUGUAAAGAAGCAGAAGGUAGAAGAGGAGCAGAUGAUGGAGAUGUGGGUAAAGGAAGAGCUUUCAGCUGCUCGGGCAAGCAUAGCACAGAAAUGGACCAAGCUGCAGGGCCUCUCUCAGCAUCAGGCCAUGGUGAAAUACAUGUCCAUUGUAAAGGAGUGGCCAGGCUAUGGGUCAACCCUCUUUGAUGUUGAGUGCAAGGAGGGUGGAUUUCCAAAUGAUCUUUGGCUUGGAGUCAGCACAGAGAAUGUGUCUGUCUACAAACGAGGGGAUCCUAAGCCACUAGAAACUUUCCAGUACGAGCACAUCGUUUUCUUUGGAGCACCACAGCCUAACACCUUCAAAAUUACAGUGGAUGAGAGAGAAAUGUUCUUUGAAACAUCCCAGGUGGGCGAGAUAAUAAAGAUCAUGAAAGCAUACAUCAACAUGAUUGUGAAGAAACGCUGCAGUGUCAAAUCAGCCACCAGUGUGGACAGUCAUGCUAGCAUCUGGACUAGGUGAUAGGAAUGAACUGCCAUGGGAGAGAGGCAGUUGUUUAAUGAUUGGUAUUUGCAACUUGCCAGCACAAGUGUAGCAAAGAUGUUUUUUAAGGACUCCACUUGACUGACUACUGUACUUAAAAACUGAAGUGACAUCUACAAUACCAUAGGAUUUGCACCUCUGCCCAAAGACAUUAAACAGUAACAACUGUUGUUAGACAUUAAUGACCCAAAGCUUGUUUUCCCCUUGCUUGUUUGGUGAACAGUGUACCUUAAAGAAGCAAAGUCAGAAGCA